AUUUCAAGACUUUUAUAUCAUGAAGCAAAAAUGCAGUUUAUUAACCAGAAGCAACGAGAAAGAAAGAAAAAAAACGAAAAAAUGGCUCAAAUGGCUACUUUGACGGAAAAGCAAGCUAAUGAAUACUUGAACGCAAGGCCAACAUAUCCGACAAUAUGGUACAAAGUGUUGGCUGGUCGAACCAGCAACCAUAAGGUGGCUUGGGAUGUUGGGACCGGCAACGGUCAGGCUGCUCUUGGUGUCGCUGAUUACUACCAAAGAGUGGUGGCAACUGAUAUUGACGAGAAACCAAUGAGUAUUGCAAAGCCGCACCCAAAUGUCACAUACCUUCACACUCCAGCAUCAAUGUCGGACGAUGAGCUAGUGUCUAAACUCGGUGGAGAAAACUCCAUAGAUCUCAUUGUAGCCGCUCAGUCUCUCCACUAUUUCGACCUAAAAAGAUUCUAUGCCAUAGUGAGACGCGUUCUUCGUAAAGAAGGGGGUACAAUCGCGGUUUGGGUCUACAACGACCUCGUGGUCACCCCAAAAGUUGAUGCCAUCAUGAAACGUUUGGUGGAUUCAACUAAACCGUACAGAAACCUGAAGAUGAAUUUGGCGUUUGAUGGUUAUAAAGAAAUAGAGUUUCCUUUUAAAAAUAUAAGAUUGGGGACUCAAGGAAGGCCUAAAGCUCUCGAGAUUCCACAUAAGCUUUCGCUUGAUGGGUAUUUAGGGUUUUUUAAAUCUUGGCAGCCUCUAGUGAAAGCUAAGGAGCAAGGAGCAGAGCUUUUAAAACCUUCGAUGAUUAAUGAGUUCAAGGAAGCUUGGGGUGAUCAGAAUCAAGUCAAGGAUGUUGCUUACAGAGCAUUUAUGCUCGCUGGAAAACUCUAGGUACGUAAAGUUUGAUUAAAAAAAACUAUGUAACAUAGAAAUAUAGUUUUUUUUUUAAACUUCUUAUCAACUUGAGAGUCGUUCUGGUUCUUAUGAGUGACGAAACCGAACAAAUAGUAUAUCAGCUCUCAAAACGAAUGUUUUACAUAAAUAAUGCACUGUACUGCAGAAUAAGAGAGUAUAUACUUAUAUAGUUUUCAUACUA